AUGUCGGGACAUUCAAAGUUCACUCCUGAAUUAUUGAUCACUGCUCCAAGACCAUCAGCAGCAGUACCGAACGAUGAGGGGAAAGUAGCGCUCUAUACUGUCUCAACAUACGACCUCGACACACACGCAGAUUUCUCUGAGGCCAAGCUGCUCAACUUAGAAACCGGAGAGUCUACCCGGUACACCAAUGAUCCCAAGGAGUCUUCGUUUUGCUGGCUGUCUGGUACGUCGCUUCUUUGGCAAAGAGAAGGCAAAAACAACACCGAGUUAUGGAUUGGCGAUGCGUAUCACAAGACCAGACCAUAUUUGGCGGGUACUAUCGAUGCUAAGCCAGGGAAUUUAAAGACCAAAGCCUUGGACAACGGUGACAUUGCACUGGUCUUCACAGCACCCGCAGAUGCCGAACAAAAUCUGCACAACACCCUCAAAGCAGAAAAGGCUCAUACGACCGCCCGGGAAUGGACUCAUAGUCGACCCAAAAGAUGGGACACGUACGUUGACCAAUAUAGAUCGGUUAUUUGGUAUACAGUUCUGAAGCUUGACCUGGCUUCUAAGCAAUGGCAUCUUUCUACUAAGGGCCCUGUCAAUGCUCUACGAGGAACAGGCCUAGUAGUACCCUUUUACUCCAACUCGCAAAGCUCCCCGGAUCUCGACAUCUCGUCUUAUGGGAUUGCCUUUGCAACAACAGAGCCAGGGGACACAGAAUGGAGAAAAUCGCAGAGUUCCUUAUAUUUUCUUCCAUUGUCAACCUUUGAGGAGACCGAGUUACCUGCACUGAAGAAGAUAAAGGUUCCCGAUCAUGCGGAUAUCGUAGCAACCCCGAGAUUUGCGCCUCGGGACCCCGUGGUCGCUUUUCUAGUUGAUCAGAAUAACGAGGAGUGGUCGCACAAGAGUAUUGUCUUGCUAAACACAGAGACAUUGAGUAUUGUCUCAAUUCUUCGAACAGUCAGUUCAUUCGGUCAAAGCCAGAACUGGGAUGUCUUUCCAGACGACAUUCUGUGGGCAAACGACGGUGCAUCUUUGUAUCUGACUGCAAACCAUCAAGCAAAAGCUUGUGUGUUCCAAGUUACUCUCCCAACUACUAUUGUUCAAGACAGAACACAGAGUGUGGAACCAGUGGCUUUGCAGAUCCCUGGCUCCGUCUCAUCACUGUAUCAGCUGGGCCGGAGUUCCUCGGAGAAUCGGUUACUGGCCACCUCUUCGUCAUUUACAGAUCAGGGAUUUUUCACAAUCGUGACUCCUCCUGUAGACAAUGAUUCUCAGUCUCAGACCAGCCGGGUCAUCCACUCAUCCUCCUCUCACGGAGCCUAUUUCGGUAUUUCGGACAAGCAAAUUGAAUCGAUAACAUUCCCUGGUGGACCGGAUGGCAAGACUCCAGUCCAAUGCUGGAUUGUGAAGCCAUCGUGGUACGACGUCACCUCAGAAGAGAAGCAUCCUCUGUUCAUUUUUAUGCACGGCGGGCCCAGCUCCGCUAGCAUGGACGCCUGGACCUGGCGCUGGAAUACGGCCCUCCUAGCGGAACAAGGGUACAUCGUCGCAGUCCCCAACUUUACGGGAUCCGACUCGUUCGGAGGCGAAUUUGCACGAGCAGUCGCACUGCAGUGGGGAGGACACCCUUACCAUGAUAUCGAGCGCUGUUUCAACUGGAUCGAACAAAAUCUGUCGACCAAGUGCGAUGUUGAUAGAGCUGUAGCCGCGGGCGGAAGCUACGGGGGAUACCUGGCACUAUUCUUGGAAGGACAGCCUCUCGCCAAGCGGCUCAAAGCUCUGGUCAGCCACGACGGCAUCUUCGACGUUGUUUCCGAGCUUCUGAGUGAUGAUCUGGGUCAAGUGCAAGAGCUCACGCGCUCCUUCGGUUCGCCGUACUUCUCGAAUGCUCCGGAUGCUGCCCGUGACGAUCCCAGCGUAAAGGAGAUCUGGCGACGGUAUAACCCAGCGGAGUAUCUCACUAAUUGGUCGACGCCACUACUUCUGAUCCAUUCGGAUCGAGAUUUCCGGUGCCCUAUUACGGCCGCAUGGGCCGCUUAUACCGUUUGUCGGAUGAAAGGGAUCGAUACGCGGUUUUUGAACUUUCCUGACGAGAACCAUUGGGUCCUGGGCAGGGAGAAUAGUUUGGUCUGGUAUCAGAAUGUGAUUGGAUGGUGCAAUAAAUAUGUGGGCAUGGAGCAUGGGUUGGCGUUGCAGCCCGCUCGGAAUGAGCCGCAGUGGCUGGGGAGAAGGGAAGCGGGGAGGGUGCUGGAUGUUGAUGCGUAGGAGCAUGGUUCAUAGAUCGUUUUCUUCUUCAAUGCAAUUUUGCUGCAG